AAAUCAUCUGACCUUCAAUCUGUUGGCGAAAACUCGAAUGCAGAUGUUGAAUUGUCUCAUCUCCAAUCACACAAAGAGUCCUCUGGCGUCAGUGAUUUAAUUGCUGUAUCUAAGUCCGAUUUAAAGGCACCUGGGGCUACGUUAACUUACACAUGUCAUAAGUCCGCUUCAAAGUUGUCUGAUCUUACAAUGCCCGCCUACUUUGCGUGCAUGGAACGUGAGUUGGCAAAACAACCAGCUAACUCAGGCCGUCUACCAAUGCCAUUUCCUCACAUUGGUUUGAAAACUGCCAAAGGAAAAUCAAGGAAAAAGCAUGCUUUCAAGGUUAGUAAUGGGAAUUAA